CAUCCGUCCCUCUCCUCAAUCUUGUGCAACCCUGUUUGACGUCAACAUUUUACAGCUGUGCCCACGUCCCAUUCAGCUGCAUUCACACUACACAUUUCACACACACAAACAUACAUACAUACACAGAUACACAAAUACAUCAUCAUCUGGCUCGAUCCUGCAUCCUGCCGAGGAUUACUUCAAACAGACAGAGGGUCCUAUUCCUACUACACUCGCCAGUCGACCCAGCCCUCGCACCCGUUGUCCGCCCCCUUACUUCUCACUCUCCGCUAUCCACGUCGUGGUGAGUGGAUCCGAUCAUCGGUGGAGGGUCCUGGUUGAGCUCGGGCUAAGGAGGAGGCGGCGGCGGAACAGGGUCCAUCAUGAGCAAGCUCUGCCAUCUGAGAGGUUGGUCGGGCUCUUGGUGGCGUGGCGGGACUCGUUCAUUCACGGCGAAUGCCCGUCCCGCGCUCGCGCGUCCCCUUGGGCGGGGCACGCUCACUCUUGGGGGUUCUGUGGGCGCGCUGAAACGAGUUAGUCCGGUGUCUGCCACUUGGGGGCGGUCAUGGCUGCAUACGAGCGGGCCGCAUUUGGAUGUGGUGCAGUUUCAUUUGUCGGAUAUCGGGGAAGGCAUCAAGGAGGUCACCAUCAAGGAAUGGUUCGUCCAACCGGGCGACACGGUGGCUCAAUUCGAUCAGAUUUGCGAAGUUCAGUCGGACAAGGCAUCAGUCACGAUCACGUCCCGGUUUGAUGGCGUCAUUAGGAAGCUCUACCACGAUGUGGAUGGUGUGGCACAGACCGGUGACCCAUUGGUGGAUAUCGAGGUUGAUGGACCGCCGGGUGAAGAGUUGGGCUCCCAAACCGAGGUCCAAGAGACCGAGGCCAUUCAUAUGGGCGAACGUGAGACGCUCGUCAAGCCGGAGACACGCGUCCUCGCCACCCCCGCUGUACGCCGAAUAGCAUCCGAGCACAGCUUGAAUUUGGCCGACAUCGCGGGCACGGGUAAAGCUGGUCGGGUCUUGAAAGAGGACGUGAUUAGGUUCAUGGAGGAAGGCCCGCCCACUCCCCCGCCAGUUCCCGCGAGUCCCGUGUCUUCCGUUCGAUCGACGCCUCCUCAACCUACCUCUACUCCCGCCACUAAACCCACCCCACCCAUGGCACCACCCACUCCCAGAAGAGUCGUGGGAGCCGAUGAGAAAGUCACUCGACCUAUGGACGUGAUUACUAAGGCCAUGACGAAGGCCAUGACUCAAGCCCUCGAGGUCCCGCAUUUCGGUUACAAAGAUGAGAUCGAUAUGAGCGCCCUCGUGAAUCUCCGCCAAGAGCUCAAGCGAAGCCGCGACCCCUUGCUCCAGAAGUUGUCCUUCAUGCCAUUUAUGAUCAAGGCCGCCUCGUUGGCCUUGCACGACUACCCGAACCUCAAUGCCAGUGUGGAUGUGGAGAACAGCACUAUUAUUCAAAACCUCUCCCACAACAUUGCCGUGGCCAUGGACACACCCAUGGGCCUGAUCGUGCCUAACAUCAAAAAAGUCCAAGACCUCACUUUGCUGGAGGUGGCCGGUGAAUUGCUUCGACUUCAGGAACUCGCCUCGGCGGGUAAAUUGGGGUCCGAGGACCUCAAGGGCGGCACUUUCACAUUGUCAAAUAUCGGCAGCAUUGGAGGCACGUACGCCAUCCCGGUGAUUAACCCGCCACAAGUGGCCAUUGGUGCUAUUGGCAAAAUCCAGGUUCUCCCUCGGUUUAACGCCCAAGGGGAGGUGAUUCCGGCCCACAUCAUGUGCAUCAGUUGGUCAGCGGAUCACCGGAUCGUGGACGGAGCAGCUAUGGCACGAUUUAGUAAUAAGUGGAAGGCAUGCCUCGAAAACCCAUCGUUAAUGACAUUAUAUAUGAAAUAAUAAGUGCCCCUUCACCUCCAAUCACGAAUAGAGAACGAACAUUGUUA